AUGUUUAAACUGUUGGACCUCCCUCCGGAACUUGUCCACGAGAUUUUGGUCGCCGUGGCUAGGUCUCGCAGUAUCUCCCGUACACUGCACGUUAGGCUCGUCUCGCGUUUCUUCGCAUCGGCCAUAACCGAUGCUUUGUUUGCUUCUGGGCGGCUGGGCCUUGACGAAUCCGAUUCCUGUCUUUUCGGCACUCAUAUCGACGAGGCUCCGAGAUUAGAGUUGUGGUCUCGCUACAUGAUUUACCUCGGUCUCUCGCGCAAUAGGUCAGGCCUAUGGAAGCUGCAAACCCUCCAUCGGGUCGCCGAGGCCAUCGCGUACCAUCCUCAAUCGCAGUUCGCGCAGGCUCGGCAAGGGAAAGAAAUGGUGGAACCCGAGAGCCAAGUUAGAGAUUGCUUCACCCAGCUCUGCUGCCUGCCGACCACCAUCCGUCAGCGCGGGCUCCUCAGCAACUAUCAAAACGCAAAUGACUGGAACCGGGCGCGUGACUUGGCGAGCCCUAGGCCCGAUUUUCACUCUAGCCUGAUCGCCGGCGCGGCCCAUCUUGACGAACUGGACGUUGUGCGAGAUCUGGUAGGAAGCCUAGACUGUGACUGUGACUUGGACGAUGCCACUGCCACUGCCAUAUCCAACGCUGCCUCCGCAGGCAACCUGCGUAUAGUUUUGUUUCUCCUAUCGGGCAAAGAUGGCCCUGAAAAACAUGCCAGGGACAUAGAGCUGGUAAUUCUGGGAGCUGCCUGGGGUAACCAGCCCGAGAUCAUCGAGUGGGCUCUGUCUCAGCUACCGCGGCCGGCCUCGCCGCUAGAAGAAAGGGAUCACUUCAACCGGAUGCAUCGUAUCCUUCUCGACGCAAUGAGCCUAACUACGUGUCUCGAGUGCUUCCGACGCUGUUAUGAAUACCAGCCAAUCGUGCACGGUAGCGUCGGAUGUUGCCACCCACUUUCGAGAGGUAACAACAUCAUGGCCAAGGCAGCGGGACGUGGCGAUCUCGACAUGUGUGUCUACAUGAUGGCCUCAUGUCGUCGCAGUCCCAAUGGUCUGAUCAAAGGCGAAAAGGACGCCCAAGUAUUCCAAAAGUAUUUCCGAUCACCUUUGCGGCAUGCUGCCCGCGCUGGGAGGAGCGAUGUUGUAGAAUUUCUCCUCUACUCUGGUGCCGAUCCUGUGCAGCCAAGCAGGUUCUUCAUCUCCGGAGCUUUGAUCUCCUCGGAAGAACCACAGUCUGUCUUCAACGCUGCUGUCCAGGGCGGCUCUGUGCGCUGCCUUGAGUUGAUCGUGGAAGCAUACGAUAAAAAGACGUGCCAGCUCAAACCAGACCUGCUUGCUCAAUUCUGGAUCUGGGAGCUCAGCGAAGCUUUCAUGCUUUCUGUAAUCAGGGAGAACGAAGACAUGAUUCUGUUCCUGCUACAAAUGUGCCACGACCUUGACUUGAAAUCUUGGGAAGUUGCCGAAAGCGCACUCAGGGAGGCACACAACUCGGGGCUGGAGUCUAUGAUUGAGCUUCUGCAGAGCCCUCUGCUUUAA